AUGGCCAAUCUUACAAAACUAGAGUUCACUGCCCUUCAAAGUUCGGGAAGGAACUACCUCUCAUGGGUGUUGGAUGCUGAAAUCCACCUUGAUGCAAUGGGUCUUGGAGACAACAUAAAAGAAGAAAAUAAGGCAUCAAAUCAAAACUGUGCACGAGCAAUGAUAUUCUUGCGUCAUCAUCUUGACGAGAUUCUGAAAAUCGAAUAUCUGAUAGUUAAGGAUCCACUUGUUUUGUGGAAUAACCUAAAAGAAAGAUUUGACCACUUGAAGAUGGUCAUACAUUCAAAGGCACGAUAUGAUUGGAUGCAUCAAAGGCUACAAGACUUUAAGUCUAUACAUGAGUAUAAUUCUGCCAUGUUCAGAAUCACUUCUCAAUUGAAAUUAUGUGGAGAAACGGUUAGUGAGAUUGAUAUGAUGGAAAAGACGUUCUCCACUUCGAAUAUGCUCUUGCAGCAACAAUAUCGAGAGAAAGCAAAUAAUGAUUUAUUAUUGAAAAAUCAUGAGAAUCGACCUACUGGAUCUGAACCACUUCCUGAAGUGAAUGGGGAGUACGCCCACCAUGCUAGGCAUGGAAAAGGUCGCAGUCCUAAUCGUGGUCGUGGACGUGGACGUGGUUGUGGUCAUGAUUAUGGUCAAGAACAUUUCUUCGCACAUCCUGAAGGAAAAAUAGAUCACUUAAUUGGUGAUGGUUCUGUGAACAUGGAAGAGUGA